ACUACACACAAUAUACAUAACCCUAAUUACCAUGUUCUGUUAAAGUUUAAGUAGUAAAAAGUUCCUCAAUCUAUUACUUGCAUGGUAGUGUUUUAUUUAACAAUUAUACUUUUUGAAAGGAAACCUUUGCAUUUAACGUAUGACAAUUUGAAAAAAUAAUGAAAGGUUCAAUAUUCUUGUUGAUGAUAUGGCUUGUCUCAUCAGCCUUGGCCUGGGAUGCAGAUGAACUUGAAGUGUUUGAUGUUGUGGAAGAAGUCGGCAUUAGCAAAAAUUUCUACGAACUCCUAAGUGUUCCACGAGAUGCUGAUAGUUCAGCCAUCAAGAAAGCGUUUAGAAAGUUGUCACUGGUUUUGCAUCCUGACAAAAACGAUGCUCCUGAUGCAGAAGUUCAAUUUCGACAGCUAGUAGCAGUGCAUGACAUAUUAAAAGACAAGAAUAAACGGAAGUACUAUGACAAUGUGCUGGAGAACGGUUUGCCAGACUGGAAGCAAGCGAUCUAUUACUACAGGAGGGUUCGCAAGAUGGGACUAUUGGAGAUGUCUGUUAUUCUGUUUGUUAUUUUCUCCAUCGGCCAGUACCUUUACGGUUGGGCAAACUAUUUUGAAAAGAAACUUACCGUUGAGGAUUACGUGAAUUCAAAAAGUAAGAAACUUAAGAAAUUGAAAAGAGUGAAAGGAGAGGCAGCCACAUCAUCUCUUCUUGAAGAGCUUGACUCAGUUCUAGUGAAGCCAAGUGUGAAGGACACGCUGCCCUUCCAGAUUCCCCGGUGGCUGUGGUUCCUGUUUGUGUCAGGGCCGCCACUACUGUAUCACUCUGUGUGUGACUGGUGGCGCGAACGGCAGCUUCGGAAACUGGAGGAGCUUCAACAACCAGAAGAAUCAGAGGAGGAAGUGGAAGUAGUGCGGGAGAGAGCUCCGAGGAAACGCAAGACAUUUGUGUUGCCUGAGCUGAGUGAAGAGCAGACUAACGGAACGGUGCCGAACGCUGUGCCUAAACGCCCUUCAGCCCCACCAGUCAUAGUCGGAGGCCUGUGGACAGACGACGACCUUCUGGAGCUGGCGAGGCUGGUCAACAAACAUCCAGCAGGCAGCACGGAGCGUUGGGAGAAGAUCGGAGAGGCCAUGAACAGGACACCUCACGAGGUUGCUCACAUGGCACACAAACUGGAUGACGAGACACUCAAGAAACUGGCUCAGAAGGCGACCGGGGAAGAUAGUGGUGGAGAAGAGGAGCCACCUGAGGAGCCUAAAAAGGUGAAGACCAAAGGUGGCAAGGUGAAGGAGCAGGAGACAGGCUCAACCUGGUCACAGGUGCAACAGAAGGCGCUGGAGGCAGCUCUGGCUAAGUUCCCUAAAGGUGCUGCUAGCGACCGCUGGGAGAAGAUUGCCAAGUGUGUUCCGGGAAAAACUAAAGAGGAGUGCAUGUUAAGGUACAAACAUCUGGUGGAUGUUGUGAAGAAGAAGAAGGAACAAGAAGACACCGAGCAGAGUGAGAAUCCACAAGAUGAAAAUGCCACAGAGAAAGGAAUCGAAGACUCGACUCAAGUGAAUGGAUACAGUAUUACGUAGCAUUAACUUAAUCUAGGCCACCAAUUGUUAUAGUUCACAGUUUUGUUGAAAAUAUAUUUUAUUUAAAAGUAUUACGGAAUAUAAUAGAAUCUCUUCGUUGUCAAAGUUCAAAACUAACUGCCGAUUUGUUGUAAAUUAAAGUUUGAUUGUGAUCAAUUGUGAUGUAUACACUUGAAUAUUGUUUAGAUAGUUUUUAUCUGUGGUAAUCAAGAAAUGUAAAUAUUAACCAAUAUAAGUUGUACUUAUUGUAAAUACAAGCAGACUUCUUGAAACUUGUUCGUAAAUUUUGUGCAAUUCUCAUUUAAAAUUUGUUUACUUUCAUUUUCGUUGGAGCUAUAUUGACUGAAUUGUUUAUUCAAUUUCCAAAAAAAAAUAUAUAAUAAUGAUUAUUUUUUUAAGCACCAUUAUUGUUCCCUAAUUUUUGCAUAGUGCAUGCAAAAUAAUACCGUUUUAUGCAUUUUAAGGCAACUUUGACUGUGCACAACAAUUUCCUGACUGAUACUACUUAAAUUUGAUGUAUUUCUGUUUAAGAUAUAAAUAAUUGUUGUUAUUGAUUGUUUUCGAUUAGACAUUAAAUAAUACUAGCAGAAUUAUACAAGACUUGAU